GGGGCGCACGGGCGGAGCCCCUGAUCCCAAGUCCGGUCCUAGAGCGCGGUGCUCCGGCCGGGGAUGAGCUCCCCGCCACCCGCCCGCAAGGGCUUUUACCGCCAGGAGGUGACCAAAACGGCCUGGGAGCUCUGCAGUAGACAGCCGCACUGGCAACAAGGUGGCCAUCAAGAAGUUGUACCGGCCCUUCCAGUCGGAGCUGUUUGCCAAGCGCGCCUACAGAGAGUUGCGCCUCCUCAAACACAUGCGCCACGAGAACGUCAUUGGGCUGCUGGAUGUGUUCACUCCCGAUGAGACUCUGGAUGACUUCACAGACUUCUACCUGGUGAUGCCAUUCAUGGGCACUGACCUGGGCAAGCUCAUGAAGCACGAGACUCUGAGUGAAGACAGAAUCCAGUUUCUUGUGUAUCAGAUGCUGAAGGGGCUGAAGUAUAUCCACGCUGCCGGCGUCAUCCACAGGGACUUGAAACCUGGAAACCUGGCUGUGAACGAGGACUGUGAGCUGAAGAUCCUAGAUUUUGGCCUUGCCAGGCAGGCGGACAGUGAGAUGACAGGAUAUGUGGUAACCCGGUGGUAUCGGGCACCAGAGGUCAUCUUGAAUUGGAUGCGUUACACACAGACAGUGGACAUUUGGUCUGUUGGCUGCAUCAUGGCAGAGAUGAUUACUGGAAAGAUCCUGUUCAAAGGCAAUGACCACCUGGACCAGCUGAAGGAGAUCAUGAAAGUCACAGGGACACCCCCUCCUGAGUUUGUACAGAAGCUACAGAGUGCUGAGGCCAAGAACUACAUGGAAGGCCUCCCUGAGUUGGAAAAGAAGGAUUUUGCUUCUGUCCUGACCAAUGCAAGCCCUCAGGCCGUGAAUCUCCUGGAAAAGAUGCUGGUGUUGGAUGCGGAACAGCGGGUGACAGCAGCUGAGGCAUUAGCCCACCCAUACUUUGAGUCCCUUCGGGACACUGAGGAUGAGCCCAAGGCCCAGAAAUAUGAUGACUCCUUUGAUGACGUAGACCGCACCCUUGAGGAAUGGAAGCGUGUUACGUAUAAGGAAGUGCUCAGCUUCAAGCCUCCCAGGCAGCUAGGAGCCAGAGUUCCAAAGGAGACAGCUCUGUGAAGACCUCCGGGUGGUUUGGGGGGUAUCCUAAGGAGGCUGUCUGGGAGCUUCGCAGACACCUUGGCUUCCCUUCUCCGGAAGAGGAAUCCUGGUUGGCACCAGUGCCUGGUGCUUUUAUCCCAAGUCAUCCACCUGGAAAGGCUGUGUAGACCCCUUGAAUCACGAACCCUCCAUCUCCAAGCCAGUUCUUCAGAUUUUGAGCGCCCGAGAUGACCCUGGCAGAACAUCUAAGCUUUUUUUUUUUUCUUUUUUCUUUUUUUCGGAGCUGGGGACCGAACCCAGGGCCUUGCACUUGCUAGGCAAGCGCUCUACUACUGAGCUAAAUCCCCAACCCCACAUCUAAGCUUUCUGUCCAAGACCCCUACCCAACAUGGGACUAGCCUUUGAAUUCUGGAGUUGUGCAUGGAAAAGCCUCAGAGUGGGCAGAGCUUUGGAGACAAGGCCUAGACCCGAGCUCUGCUUGCUCUGGACAAUGCCAAGGCCAACUCUGGAGAUGGAGGGAGAUAGAGGUUUUGGGGACACUGACUCAGGGACAUCAUCUCUUCUGGGAGUGGGUGGAUUCUCUUACACCCUUAGCCUGGAAUGUAAACCAGCCAUUUAGUGUGCCUAUGUGGCUGGGGGCAAAUAAACCCUUUUGUAGCUCUGCCA